AUGCCCGCACGCGCCCGCUGUGGCUGCGUCCGGCCGCCCUCGCUCCGCCCCGCGGCUGCAGUCCCGUCGCCUGCCCCGCACCCCCCUGUCCAGCGCGCACACGCCGCGGUCGCCGCGCCCCGCGCGCGCUCGGCCGCGCUCGUCGAUGCACUCCUCUCCGCGCGCCCUCGCUCCCUCUCUCUCUCCCUCGCGCGACCCUGCCUGCGCGCGCGUUCGCGCUCGUCACCGCGGCCGCUACCGCCGCCCGCGCGCACCGCGCCACUCUGGCCACUCCGGCCCCCCUCCCGCACUUGUCCUGAUGGCCUCCCUGCUGGUCCUAGCCACCGCCGCGACCAGAGCGUCGGGGCCGUGCCCGUGUGGCUCGGCCACGGCCACUCCCCCCUCCACGCGCGGCUGUGCCCCGCCUGCCGUCGACCGUUGCUUCCCGCGCCCUCCGGCGCCGCCCCAGUGCUCGCCUCUGCCUCCCACCGGAGCUCCACGCCGGCCGCCGCCCUGCUCAUCCCCUGUGGCCUCGCCGUGGCCUCGCCGCUGCCACGCCGAUGCCGCGCCGGCAUUUUUCCCCUUGCCGUGGCCCCGACUGGCUGCGUCCAGUUCGGGCGCCCGCACCCGCAUGUUCCGGCGCCCACCCGCGCAUGUGUGCCCGAUAAGGCCCCCAGGGCGUAUGACAGAUGGGCCCCUGCGCCCAGAACGAAAAAAAUGAUUUAA